AUGCCAGCUCAGGGGCCAGGGGCCAGAUUCUUCCUCCUGCUGUUCCUCUCUGUGGCCACCAGAGGGCCGAAUGCAGCAGUGGCCCCAUCUCCUAAGAUGUUUUGGGAGCGCAAACCCUGUGCGCAGUUCCUGUCUUUCCUGCCCAGAAGCUGCAAGGAAAUCAAAGAAAGUUAUGGUGAAGCAAGUGAUGGCCUGUAUUACCUCCACACUGAGAAUGGCAUCAUGUACCAGACCUUCUGUGACAUCACCUCUGGGGAUGGCAGCUGGACCCUGGUGGCCAGUUUGCACGAGAACCACAUGCAUGGGAAAUGCACGGUGGGCGAUCGAUGGUCCAGUCAACAGGGCAGCAGGGCAGACUACCUAGAGGGGGAUGGCAACCGUGCCAAUUACAACACCUUUGGGUCUGCAGAGGCAGCUACCAAUGAUGACUACAAGGUUGUGUGUGUUGCUCUGCACAACCCUGGCUACUAUGACAUCCAGGCCCAGGACCUGGGCAUCUGGCAUGUGCCCAACAAGUGCCUCCUGCAUUGCUGGAGGGACAGCUCCAUGCUGAGGUACUGCACCAAUACUGGCUUCUUCCAAGACCUGGGACACAAUCUGUUUGGACUCUGCCAGAGAUACUCCAUGAAGUACAGAUCAGCGCAUUGUCAGACUGACAACGGCCCAGCCAUUCCUGUGGUCUACUACUUUGGUGACACUGAGAAAACUGCAUCUUAUUACUCACCAAUUGGUCAGAGGGAAUUUGUUGCAGGCUUUGUCCAGUUCAGGGUGUUUAAUAAUGAGAGAGCAGCCAAUGCCCUGUGUGCUGGAAUGAGAGUAACUGGCUGCAACACUGAGCACCACUGCAUUGGGGGAGGAGGCUUCUUCCCAGUGGCCAGUCCCUUGCAGUGUAGGGACUUCUCUGCCUUUGACUGGAAUGGGUAUGGAGCUCACAGUGGUUACAGCUGGAGCCAGGAGAUAACUGAUGCAGCCGUGCUCUUGUUCUACCACUGA